UUAUGUAUAAUGAAUAUUCUUUCUUUAUAUCUUCUUCUCGAAAAAAUUUUCAUCCACCCGCCAGAUUUGACUAUAUCAUAGUAGUGAACAUUUCAAAAUUGAAUGAUGAUAUACAUGAUGCAAUACAAAUGUGUGACUUUGUGUGAAAAAUUGAAAUGAAAUCAACUGGAAGUCAAUUGUGUUGCUUAUAAAAAGAGGUUAUAUGCAUUGUCUAUUCUGACAAUUGACCACUUUGAAGUAUAGUGUCAAAUCGAGUGACAUUGACAGUUCAGCAACCGAACAACACAAAUUCACGCAUCAUAAUGUUUAUCUCGGCUUGAAAUUAGUUUAUCAUAUUAAUUUGGUUAAAAAUAUAGAGAAGACAAUAAUGGAAGUGAUUUGUUACGUCUGCAACGAGCAGACUGACAAUUGGCGCCGAAAUUUCACUGAACUCAAGUCACAGCAUUCGAAUACGCCGAUUGUUGAUUUACUCAAGCGAUUUCUGGACGAUUUUGAGUCACAGCGAAACAUUGAAAGCGAAUCGAAUUGCAUUUGUGCAAAGUGUUUGAAUCGCAUCGAUGACUACGAUUGUAUGUGUGUCUUGUGCGCGGAAAGAGAAACAGAGUUAAAGGAGCUUCUUUGGGCCACAGAAAAAUCGCACAUUUAUCAAGCAACUGUAUUGCUGCCAGAACCCGAAUAUGUAUUAAAUCCAGAUGCUGAAACUGUGGUACCGCCGAAAAAAAUCGAAAUAGACGCAGAUUGUGAGGUUAAAGACGAGCCUAUCAUCGAAUCCGAUACCAAGCUAGACCCCAUGGCCGAUCCAAUAUCAAUUGAAAAUCAACCAAAUAAAGUAUGGACAAUCAUUGAAGUAGUGCCAACGCAACAGAGAGAGCCUCUGUCAAGGGAAAAUGAAAUCAGUGAACUACCGUCAAAGAAGCAAAUCAUAGAAUCAAAUGUAAACCUGGGAAUAAUUCCAGCCGACUACAAAAAUUCCGUCUUUAAACAUGGUUGGAAUCCACAUCGAGGAAAAUCAAAAAUUCCAUUGAUAUCCAGAUCAAAAAUUCCAUUGAUAUCCAGAUCAAAUAAGACAGAGAUUCCAGCGGAAAAUGCCGCCGCACCUAAAAACAGUCAGCCACCAAAUUCAAAAUCAAAAAAACCAUUGACAAAACGCAUCUACCGAACAGAUGUCAAUGCCGAGACAUUAACAGAAAGUGAAUUGAAUCGAUAUUGCGCACAAUGUAAAUUUCUUUUCUACAAAAAGACAAAUCACGAGAAUCAUAUGAAAGUACACCGACGAACCUGUGAGUUUUGUGGCAUUCGUUUUUCGACAUAUAAUGAGUGUAGGGCUCACUUGCCAUGGCAUAAGAAACAAAUUGCGCUUAUGUGUCAAAUCUGUCAUUUAAAGCUGGCCAGUGAAGACGAACACCGAAAUCAUUUGAAACUACACGACGGAAAAUCGAAUCUUCAAUGUGUUAUUUGUGACAAAGAAUAUACAAAUAAAUGGGGUUUGAGGCUUCAUACUAAAAAUCACGGUGAGCCGUCGGUAUUGUGUGAUUUAUGUGGGAAAUCAUUCUACAAUAGAGACAGAUUGAAGAUGCAUCGCCGAACUCACGUUGUUGAAAAUCUAUUCAAAUGCUCGCAUUGCCCAAAAACAUUCAAAGCUAUUGACUAUUUACGCGUUCACGAGAAAAUUCAUACGUCCACAGAACGACCAUUUGCCUGCUCAGUUUGUGAUAUGCGCUUUAAACGGAAGGACCAUUGGAAGGCUCACGAAAAACGGCACACCGAAAAUACAAAAACGGUAAAAUGCGCAAUUUGUCCGGCGGCUUACGAACACAAAUUCCACCUGAAACAACACAUGGAAAGGAGACACGGUGCUGAACGACCACAAGGCACACUCGAAAAUUGAUGCAGUUGUUAAUUGAACAGUUCAAAAAAACUAGAUUUUUUCAUAUUUAGUGUGUAAUAUAAUAAAUUUAUGAAAGUUUGAAGCUCUUUUUUUUAAAUGGAAA